UUUCCCCAUCUCCCGGCAGUUACCUGAGCGCGACGAGGUGGGAGGCAGCAGAACGUCAAGGAGACAGUGUGUUCUCGCCGCUCGCCAGGUGAGGACGCGGUAUCUCCCAUCCUUUGCCAGCCAUGUUAUUAAGAAGAAGCCAGAGCAUGCUGGGAAAAGUGUAUGUCGUGACCCUGACAGUGAGCCUGGCAGCAGCUCAGGUGAUGUUCCCAGGGGAUGAGCCUCCCGUCAGCAGAAGUGAAUCUUCUCGGGCAGAUGGAAGCGCUUCCUCGCCAAUCUUCUUCCCAAGGGAGUCACAGAGGCCUGAAGUCCCUUGUACCACCUAUGAUAGGCAGCAGGGCACCUGCCGGCUGUUACUGAAAUGUGCCACUUUCUAUGCCGAGAUUGCCGAGCUGUCCCGUUCCCCAUGCACCAUUAGUAGUGAACAGCAGGGUGUCUGUUGUCCACCCACCAAGGAACCAAUUGUGGACGUGGGUGGACUGAUCAGCAAGCAGCACCAUGCCCCUCCCUCACUGCCUGAUAUCCAGUUCCCUGACCUGAACAAAGCCUGUCAGAUGGGAGUAAACGAGGUGAACCAAGAGGAUGAUUUUGAGGCUUUCUUGCUGCAGAAUAAUGUAGUGGCAGAAAAAGGCUCGCCAACAUCUCUUCAUGCACAACUCUUCCAGACAUCAGAGGAGAUUGUCAAGCAAGCCAAGGAUGCCUCAAAGAACAUUGCUGCUUCUGUCAUUCUUGCAAAGGAGUUUAACCUUAAUAAGGACCAGGGUGGGUUUGGUCUGCCGAAGUUUGGCAUUCAGAAUACAGUGAUCGAAGACACUUGUCCCCAAGAACCACUCUGCCCAAGAACUAAAUACCGUGCUCUGGAUGCCACCUGCAACAAUCGUCGCCACAAGAACUGGGGCCGAGCUGGCACUGCCUUCCAGCGCAUCCUUGGAGCUGACUACGACGAUGGAUUAAACACACCCCGUGCCAUUUCCCGAUCUGGGUCGCCACUACCAUCACCUCGCCUCAUAUCUUCUAAGGUCAUCAUUGACAGAGAUGAUCUGUAUGCCAACUUCACUAUGCUUAUCAUGCAGUGGGGACAGUUCCUGGACCAUGAUGUGACCCACACCCCUAUCACUAAAGGAAAGAACAUGUCAGAUAUCACCUGCUGCAACAGAGGAGCUUUUCGUCCCACCUCAGAGAUGCACCCUGCAUGCUUGCCAAUCCCCAUCCCUGACAACGAUCAAUUCUACAAUAAAUUUAAUCAAAAGUGCAUGGAUUUCGUAAGGUCCAUGCCAGCAGUCCGUCCUGCAUGUAACUUUGGUCCUCGGGAGCAGAUGAACCAGAUCACAGCUUUCAUAGAUGCCAGCAAUGUCUAUGGAUCCAGUGUGAAUGAAUCCAAUGAACUCAGAGCAUUCACCGGUGGAUUGCUGAAGGAGAGCAGCAACCCAAAACAUCUCCUCCCACCCAAGCCCAGCGAGUGUAAGGAUUCAUCCGGCCAAAAGUAUUGCUUCAAGGCAGGUGACAGCCGUGUGAAUGAGCAGCCACAGCUGGCUGUGAUGCACACUGUGUGGAUGAGGCAACACAACCGCUUGGCCAGAGAGCUCUCCACCAUCAACCCAGGAUGGACCGAUGAAAUCCUCUUCCAAGAGGCAAGACGCAUUGUGGCAGCACAGAUGCAGCACAUCACUUACAAUGAGUACCUGCCCAUCAUCCUGGGAGGAACAUUCAUGGAGGCAUUUGGUCUUGUGCCACGUAAGGCUGGCUAUGCUCCUGGAUACAGUGAGAAUAUUGACCCCAGCAUCAAUAAUGUGUUUGCCACUGCUGCCUUUAGAUAUGGACAUACCCUGAUCUCUGGCCUCAUGCAGACUGUUGGUAAGUUUGGAACUGUGACAGACAAUCUGAUACUCAGCAAGCACCAGUUUUCACCUUUCACACUCUAUCAACCUGGUGGUUUUGAUGAACUUAUUCGAGGGUUCUCCACACAGCCAAGUCAGAAGUUUGACCACUUCUUCAGUGAAGAGCUGACCAAUCAUCUGUUUGCUGGUAAUAAUCCCUUUGGCAUGGACCUUGUGGCUCUUAACAUCCAGCGUGGCAGAGACCAUGGGCUGCCGCCAUAUAAUCAAUGGCGCAAGAUUUGUGAUCUACCACUAGCACAAACGUUUAGCGACCUCAGUGAUGUCAUGGAUGCCCAGGUGAUUGCACAACUGCAGUCAUUAUAUGAAGAUGUGAAUGACAUUGACAUCUUCAUUGGAGGCAUCUCUGAAAAGCCAAAGCGAGGGUCUCUCCUUGGUCACACCUUCCUCUGUAUUGUUGGAGACCAGUUUGCUCGCCUCAGACUUGGCGAUCGAUUUUACUAUGAGAAUGAAGGGUUGGAGCCAUCUUUCAGCGAGGAGCAACUCGAUGAGAUCCGACAGACAAGUCUUGCCCGCAUCUUGUGUGACAACUCAGACAACAUAGAAAUGAUGCAGCCUCUUGCUUUCAUCCAGGCCCAUCGCGCGAACAAGAGAGCUUCAUGUGCUUCUGGGAGGCAGAUUCCAAAGGUGUCCCUAGCACCAUGGAGGAAUGAACCAGUAUGGGCCUGAGAAGGAUACUGUUGCACCACUACUUCCACUAUCUACUAUUACUCUCACCUUCAUCGUAACAAGAUAAGAAGAUAAGUGAAGCUGGAAGAAAUCAUAGACCUACUUAAUUUCACCGUCAUUCUCAUCCAUAGAUUGGUCUUAUCUUCUUUAAAUCAGAAGUGACUUGGUGUUGGUUUUAUCUUCUGUAAAACCUCAGUAGCGACUUAGUAUUAAUGAAUUUAGUCAAUUCCAUUCACUAACCACUAUCUGAUCAAGAAGAGCACAUGCUAACAACUCUCAAUGAAAAAUCAUCCUUUAUGAGAUCACCAGCAUAGCAAUUUAGUAUUAAUCUGUGUAUUGUCUUGUUCUUAAUUUAUACUAUUAAGAGGAUAUUCUUCCCUGUGUAUUGUUAUUAUAUGUUAUCUUGAAUGAACUGUCUUUGUUUGUACUAUGCUGUAGAUUUGGUGUAUUGCUUUGAGGUCCACACACUGUAUGCUCUUUUGUAGAGAUGGGGGUAAACAUCACUGAAAUCAUGUUAUUGGAGCAUGUCUAUGGUGAGAAGCUUGUAUUUGUGGGAGUGAUCAUUCAAAUGUAUUUCCUCAAAUAUAACAUUAUUUUACAAUUAU